ACGGACGCUGUGAUCGGACGCUGUCAAAGAAGGGCUGGAUAUGACCAAACUUCUCACUGAUAGGCAAAAAAAUGAGUUCUUUUCUUCGUUAAAAUAAAUUGUUUAUCAGCAUAUUACGGAGGCUGCAUACAUUUCUUCCACGUAGUUGGGUUUUUGGGGAAGCAUGGAUUACAGAGAUGGAGCGGUGAGACAUUUUGUAGGUAUCAAAUAUUGUGUUGAUGUCUUCGAGCGUUCUUUGGCCUUGGCGUUUGACUUCGCUGUUUAUUUAUUUUAACUUACAAGUUAGUCGAAAUUGUUGCUCACUUGGUCAUCUCGUUAAACUUUGCUCGCAAAUAACCAGGUGGGAGAAACAAAAUUGCUAUGUUUUGGUCACCAAAUGAAACAAGAACGCACUUCACCGCCGUAGCCAGUAUGAGGCGAACCGAGGCACUCGCCUCGGUAAAAUUUUACCAAAUACUGUCGAUUUUUAUUUUUUUUAUCAGACUGAUAAUAUUAGAAGAUUUCAUACGGCUGAUUUCGUACAACGGACCGUGUGUUCGCCUCGGUUGUAGUUUCUUCCUGGCUGCGGCCCUGCACUUGAUCAAACAUGUGGGCAAGUAGCUUGUUAAAAUCAUUAUCAAGCUGGUCGAUAUCGAGAGUGUCUUUUAUUUCUUUCUGUUUAAGAUCUGUACUUGAGAACAUAAAAUUUAAGAAGCUAAUUUACAAAACAGUCAGACCGUUUAUCAUGGAAACAAUGCUGUAGCCAUCGCUCUCAAUAUUCGCAAUGUUCUUCAAAGAGUGCCGGGUUUUGAAAACAGGUUUCAGUGAUAUUCAGUACAAAUAUAGUAAUUCGCUACACUACAUGUAGUUGCUGGAGUAUGGACAAAAUAGGCUAUCAAAGCUGCCUUGUAUAAUGCACGACAAACGUGUCUGGCAUAGCAAAAUGUGACUUGGACAGAAAAAAUCAGUCAUUUCAUACAUUUCAAUUAAUGUCAUUUUCACCAUCGGGUAUAUUACAAAUUCACAAUGGCCUGCUCUCCAGUUGCCUUGAUAGGCUCAAUGGAUAGAGCAUUGCAUCCUGUCAUCACAUAGGUCAGGGUUCGCUUCCUGGUUCUAGACUGAAUUUUUUCAUGUUCUUUUUCAAGGUUGUUCUUUCUUCUGUAAAGAUCAUGUUCGCUUUCGUGUCAUUAUGAUUGUUCAUCCACAGAAAUUUCAAAAUAUGAUUCCUUUGAUCAUUUUAAUAUUUUUCCAAAUUAUAAAAGUAGAUUUAUGUUAUGAAAUUGGAUUACUCAGAAUUGUUUGUCAGGGCAGCUUCCUAAAGUUUCUGCAUUCUCAUUGUCCGGCAAAACACCAAAUGUGAAAGUGGAAAUCUCAAAAUCCUUUGCUUUUACUAUUUCAGCGUGCAAAGAAAGUCGUGUGCGAUAGUCUGGGGCUACUGGAUUUUGCUAUCGGGCUAGUCAUUUUUGUUCUUGGGCAAGUGCUGUAUUUUGGGGGAAAUUCAAAUUACAGAAGGACUGAAGUCAAUCCUGCUAAUCAAAAAGGGGUUUGGGACUAGUUGAAAUGACUUGUGGGCUAGUACAUGCUAGUUACAGCUUUCCCAAAUGGCAGGCUGUAAAACAGGCAGGCUGACUUUCUUUGCACCCUGUAUUUAAACAUUUUUGUGUAAUAUUUGAUUAUACUAGCUCACAAAUGUCCUUUCUGACUAUUUUUCAAUAUUAUAUAUGUGUGUUACUUGUUGUCAUUUAUCUUCUUUGUAGUCUUCCCCCUACCAGCCUGGCUACCGAGGAUAUGGUACAGACUCACCCCACCGAGCUAGCAUUCGUUCUACAUCCUCCUUCCCUGGAGCAACUGGAUCAGUUUCUUCAUUUUAUGACAAUUUACAACAAUCUCCAAGAGGGACUGUUCCUCAAACUAACAGUAGAGGUAAAAACAUGUUUUCAGACAUAGUUAAUCGACAGAAAUCGAUAUAUCGGAGCCGGUGGUUCCGGCUCUAAUUCAUGCUAGCCAAUGAGGUAAUACCUAUUAUUUCUCAAUUAAGGUACAACAAUCACUAUCAAUUUACAAUCAGAGUCUACAUAGUUUAGUAUUAUUUUUGUUUUAAUUUUGAUUCUCAACAUUAUUUCCAAAAUAGCUGUAGUAUCAGCAUUAAAGGGAUUACAGGAAAAAAUUCGCAAACUUGAGUUGGAGAGAGCAGAUGCAGAAGAUAACUUGAAGAAAUUAGCAACAGAAUCCAGACAUUAUAAAGAUGCACUACAAAAAGAAUUCCAUGUAAGAGAUUCAACGCAAGGAGUGAUUGCAAAACAAAACAAACGUAGGUGAUAAAGGUUACACUGUACUCAUUUUAUGUGAAAUACGACUGUACACUGUAGAUAAUCGAUAAACAUGCUUUAGUGCUAUUGUCCACUAUAGUAGUAAAAUGAACCUCCAUUAAGCUGGGUUUGUGGUAAUAGCAAGGGGCUGUUUAAUGUAGGUUGGCCAUUCAUUGGAGACUUGUUAGACAACUUUGCCACAAGAGACAGCUCUAAAUCAGUAAAUUAUGUCACCUUCUAUCUUGGACUAUGGUUUCCCUCAUCAUUUUGUGUCAAACGCUUGGUGGCUGUUUAAAAGAGGUGACAACAAUAGGAGUUCUUUUGUCAGGAUAGCCAGAAGGUAGCUGCAGCCGCUUGUUAGAGGUUGUCACUUAGGGCGGUUCAUUACUGACCACUUUAUAAUGGACGUUCAUCUGUAUAUUGGAAUUUAUUGGACACAAGAACAUAAAAAUGUACAUGUAGCUGCCGGUACAUGUUCCUUAAGCCUAGGCAUACCAAGAAAAUUUAAACAUUUAAAAGGUUAAUAAAAGCAAUUAUUCUGUUUACAGUCAAACCAAGUCAAGCGUACCCCCCAAGAUUCUAUCAGUAAAUUGAUUAUUUGAAAAAUGAAUCCGUUAGUCGUUCCCGUAACUGGUGUCAAAUUCAAAGCGGCAUUUCUGCAUGCGUAAUGAGCAGUGAAUAUUUUACGAGAACUUCUCUGUAUUUGGUCAGAUUGGAAAUCUUCGAAUGGAUUAAGCUUCUUAGAAGACAUUUACAUCAAUUUCAGGAAAAUGGAGCUGGUAGAAAUUUCAUAACUGCCUCGCGUGUGAACUCACGGCUCAUUACACGGACAAGAAUGCAGAGAUCAAUCUGAAAUCUACAACUAGCAACGGAUUCAACUUUUGAAUAAUAAAUUCAUUAAUGGAUUCUUGGAGGGUACGCUUGACCUGGUUUGACUGUAAAUAUCUUAGUUGCAUUGGAUCUCUAUACAAAAUAAUUACAACAAAAACAUGAAAAAGUGUCACGACCAAUAUAGGACUUUCUAACUCAGUGUUCAGUUCCUUGCACUAAUUGCAUUAUAUACACUCCCUGCAAUUUGAAAUCUUAGUGACAGCCCUGGUGUUGUUGAAAGAUCAUUUGCAACAGCAGUGAUUUUGUUACAAAUAGCUGUGGUGAGUCAUGGGACUCCUCUUGUGAAAAAUUGUGAGUACCAGCCCAGAACCAAUGAGUCCCAGGGUUCUCAAUAGGGUUUGCAGUAGGCGUCUGCCCAACCUUAACUAGGCGGCUGUGACUAAUAGGGGGGCGUUAAACCUAGGAAGGAGUCUGAGGCAUGUUCCCGAAGUAACCAUGUUUUACCGUGAAGGGCUGGGCAAAAGUCAAUGUUGCAUACUCGGAUGUCUACGUGGUUGAAAACAUGGCGGUAGUUAAGUAAGGAAGCACCAGCGAGUUUACUUAUUUGGUCUCGAUUGUUUUAUGACAAGGAAAACUCAAAAUCAGAUGAAAGGGAUAGGCAGAAGACUUGAACACAAACAAAAAAGAGAAAAGCAGCAAAAAGAAUGCAAAGUAACCGGCUACCAAUUCCAAAGUAAGUGGCGAUCAAUCGCCGGGUGCCGGCUUUUAUUGAGAACCCUGGAGUCCCAGUUAAAAAUCAUGAGUCCCUGGGUCUUUAUGUAACCACACAGUUAAUCUAAAGACAGACUCCAAAACUCUAUAAAUACAGUUUACUGAAAUAAAAAUAUACUUCUAUUGUCAAGCACAACUAAGACUAAAAUAAAUGCACUGUGCCAUUAAACAACAGCCACAAGAACAGCCACAGAAAUCACACAAAUAGGAUAUACUACAAAAACAUCUUCAGAUCGAUCAAUCGAUCUUUGUGUCCUACGGGAUGCAUACCACAAAUUAUUUAGUAUCUUUGGGGAUUUUUAUGCGUCAGGGAUGCAGGACGCAGAGGUAACAAAAUCACUGUAACAGACAUUGUUUAAUACAGAAUUUCUCUUUAGAAUUAGAGGAAGAUCUACAGGGUGCAGAGGCCCGAUGUAACUUGCUGGAGAAGCAGUUAGAUUACAUGCGUAAGAUGGUCCAGACAGCUGAGGCAGACAGAGACACAGCAAUACAGCGAUCAGCAAUGGUGGCUAAACAAGCUGCACAGCAAACAUCGGAAGACGUUAGAGGGCAGCUGGAAAAACUUUCAGGCCUUGAAAGAGAUCAUAUGAAACUAACAGCACAGCAUUCCAUAGCUGAAGUGAGUUGCCAUACAACUUAUGCUCACAAUGGCAUUAGGUUCUCUUUAGGGACUUGUCAGAAAUUAGCAGGGGGGGGGGGGAAUUUUAAAUUUGGGUUUGGAAAUUAGGUGACCCAUCCCUUCAAUGGGAGUGAAAUUUGCUAACCCUCCCCUUAUGUUUGGCCUAAAAUAUCAUGACCCUCCCCACCUUACAGAAUUGAAAGAAAAAUGUUCCAGGCUCUUUGAGGUGCAGUAUUCCAAGCCAACAAGAAAAAAGGAAACAAAAACAAAAUAAAAGGAAAGCAAAAAAAAGCUAGAGCAAAAAGAAUGGAAGCUAACUGCAAAAAAGUUAUUGAAACCAUUGCACCUCAGCAAGAGUGGCAUAAUGUUACAGAGCCUAUUGGUCCAUUAUCUCUUCAUUAUGAAGGAAUAAGUGGGCUCCUCAAAACACAAAGGCCAUAUAUCCAAUACAUCUUUGAGAAGGGUUGUUCACCAAUGAAUAACAGGAAAUUAUCCAGCAAUAUCCAAGCUUCAACUUAAAUGAAAAUCAUGAUGAUGAUGAAAGUGAUUGUAUCAAUGCUGAUGACAUAAAUGAUGAUGAUCAAGAUGCUCACACCAGCAUUGAUGGUGAUGCUGAAGACAGUGAUGAAUAGGAUAGCCAAAACUCUAAUAACAUUAAUAACAACAUUAUUCAUGAUAAAAAUGCAAUAACACUCUAUAGCAUUGCCGUGUAAUAAAUGAAAAGUAGAUAUUUGUUAAAUUCUUGCAAUAGUACUUCACAGUUUAUAUCCAUAAUGUUCUGUUGUUCUUUAUUAUUAAUUAUUUUUCUCUUUUUUUUACCAAAUAAAGAACUUACUUUUUAUUCUGCAGGUGAACCUCUACAUGAUCACGGGCUAUAUUUGCAUGACCCUCCCCGUUUUAACGGCCCAUUUUUCAUGACCCCUGCCUUUUCUGAGUCUCAAAAAGUUGUGACCCUCCCUCUGUUUCCACCCCCUCCCCCCCCUGCUAAUUUCUGACAAGUCCCUUAGGGUUCAAAGCACCUAGGCUGCAAUAAGCAUCCCCCAACCAAUAAAAAACAAUGCAUCUGCCCUUGGUCCAAGUAGCAAAUAAGCACCCCAUUUUAGAAAAAGUGCCCUUCUACCGCCUCCCUUUAAUUUUUUAUUAGGAAAACAAGCAAAAAGGAUUACCACAACCAGUUAGUGUGCGACCUUCUGUAUUUCUUCUAGAAUUUGUGAUGAUUAUCAUCCAUAAUGAUUUAUCUUUUCAUGUACUUGUCUCUCAGAGUAAGAUCAGAGAACUGGAAGACAGGCUUAGAGAGGAAGCUCACCAGAGGAAAUUGGUUCAAAAUAAGACAGCCGAGGUUGUUAGUAAAUAUCAUUAGAGCAACUGCAGUUAGAGUCAGUAUUUUCUGGAAAGAUCUUACAAUGUACCUUUUUUGUCUUUUUCCUUUCUUUUCUUUCUUUCUUUUUUUUCUGCUGUUUGAAAUACAGUAAAACCUCAUGACUAAUAAACCUGGAUUUUUCCAAGUAACUCUAAACAAGUUCUUAAAUAAAAUUAUGGUAGUGACCAUGAAGCAUAAGUUUAGCCUAUUUAGCUUCUUACACUGUAAAUAGGUUCUUAUUUUCUAAUGAAAGAAAAGACAAUACAGCUAAGAGUAUUUAGUGGUUCAGCUUAUUCCUCAUGUAAGAUCUGCAUACCAUUACAUUGCAGUUGAAGCGAUAAGGCACCUAUGUCUUCAAAGAUGAUUGUGAAUGUUGACUUAUCUUAUUUGCCUAAGUGUACGGAAUUUGUCAUAGAUUUUAGAAAAUCAGAAUGUUUUCAAAAAUUUAGGCUAAACAGGUUCUUACAUAGAGGGGGCUUAACUGGCAAAUUUUAGCCUAACAGGUUCUUUUAAUGCAGGUUCUUAGUCGCAGGGUUUUACUGUAAUCAAAUCACCGGCUUUGAAUUGCUUGGGAGCAGUAAUUAAACAGUUUUGAACAAUUUAUUUUGAGUUUCAUCGCUACAACAGUACGGAGAGUCACCAAGACCAUAAUGCACCUUGUUUACCCCUCCCUCCCCCCCCCCCCCCCCCCCCCAAAAAAGACAAUUUCUCCUCAGGGAUAUUACAGUCGUCCCAAGAGAAAUCAAAGACAAUUGUUAUGGGAGGGGAGGGGGGUAAACAAGGUGCAUUAUGGUCUUGGUGAAAAUGGUGCAUAGCAUUUUUGGCCAUUUCCUUGACCCUACUCUACAUGUAAUUUAAUGAGUUAUGCAAGAAGCAAAAAUUAACAUUACUGUUUUUUACAAGUAUUUCCUUGUUUUAAACUGUUAGCCAUCUAUCCAACAAUAACUAAAAAAUGUCAAGAUGUUCCCGUUAGUUUAGCACUUGUUCAGUUCAAAACUGAGCUAAACUGUGUGUGGCCAAUUCCUACUGUACCCUUUUCUCACAGCUUAUAAUUUAAUUGAUUCAUAAUUGUUUUUCUAGCUGGAAUCAGUCGCGGAGACGAAUAGGAUCCUCAUGGACAUGACAUCUCCACCCAGGGUUAAGAAGAAAAAAAGGAAGGUGAUAACUUUUCUUCACUAUAAUAGCCUCAUUUAUUUUGCAUAGUAUUAUUCCAAAGCUAAGCUAUGUUCUUUCUUUUCCUCUUUUCAGCCUCCAAAGCCCAAGCCCGCAAGAAGAGCACCACAACCUGCUAAACCGCCAGACCAUUAUCGACUUAACUUAGGAAAUAUUCCUUUUGUCGUGGGCCAGGUACGUGUCUCCGGAUUCAAAACUAUCAUCAAAAGUUUUCUGUUUCCAACCUCUAUUUCAGGGUUCUGACUCUUUCUAGUCCCCCGGGGCUGCGAGUAGGAGAGAAGUCUGGGAACGAGGAUGUUCUUUGUACGCCUGGAACAUUCUUCACGUUACGCCCUCCCCAAUGUUGACUCACGUAACAACCAUUUGCAAAUAUACGCGAAUCUUGGGGAAGGAGAGAGGAAGUACACUCGCAGAAAAGUUCAAUAGAUUGGAUGAGAAGGCGCUCAUUUUCGGUCUAGUGUUUCAACGGAAUUUGACGAGUGUUGCUGGUUGUUCUGUUUCCUGAAUUUUAACUUAGUCGACCUCAUUUUAGACUACGAGUAGUCCCCCAUUUUUCCUCAGGGAUAGUAGAGCGAGCGAAACGCGAGCGGGCGUGAAAAUCACCCCACGCGACAUUUUUCUCUCCCCGCCGCGUGUCGCCUUUUCUCGCGUGGGGUGAUUUUCACGCGCGCUCGAGUUUCGCUCACUCUACUAUCCCUGAGGAAAAUUGGGGGACUACUAGUAGUCUAACCUCAUUUCCCACCGUUUUUCUUCUUCAAAUUCCUUUCGGCACCGAAGAAUUAAUUUACAUCAAUUCUAAUCGUUUUGGAUGGUGUAACUCUUUUCCCUGACCUGAGACACAACUUUCAACCUCGAACCGGGUUAAAUCAUUUACAUGCUUCAGGUUUAUGAUAUCAAUGCAAAAUUAUGGCUGGAAUACCCAUGAAAAGACCUGUAUGUCCUCAUAUGUAAGAUUUUUUUAAAAUGUCCAUUUCCUUGUCACGUUCGUCUAAAUGUUGGCUAAAUUACCUGCAUAGCAACUAUCCCACGAGCUUUGUCCUUUCCAGCUUCACGAAGUAAGUACAUAAAUACGUUUCUAAAAUCUUGAGUUUUUGUAUGUCGCUUAACGAAAUAACCCGAAGGACGAUUUCAAAGUCGUGACCUUGCGUUUUUCCCUUUUUCCUUUCUUCUUCUUUAUGCCAUUACGGUCUAAAAAGUCGACGUUUCGUUCCAUACGUAUUCCAUGUCUUAACAUUUUUACUAAAAUUUCCUACAUAACCUUGCGUUCGGUUAAAGCUAAGUUUUACUGGAGUGUAGAAAAUUAAGUCUAUAAGUUCAGUUUGAACUGUAUUACCAAAUGUCACUGAUCAUAAACUUUGCUUUAAUUUCAGUCAACUACGAAGUCACAUUCUCUUGGUGCUAAUUUACAAACUGUGCUGUCCUUAAUGAAGGCCCAUAACCCCGCGCUUUGUAACGCUGCUGCACGUAGGGCUCAAAAGAGACACACGCAGAGUGCAGGAUCUACACCUCGCUCCAGUGACUCAGAGAGUGCUUUUGAUGAGCUACUUCUGGGCCUUCAGGAUGAGUUUGGACAUAUUACUUUGUAAGUGUUGUAUUUUAGGCUUUGAAUUCAAAAAGUAUUUUCGAGCCUUAAAAUGUGGGUCUUUUCGGUGACUGAACAGAAUUCAUUGGGGUCUAUAUCCCUUGAAUUCUCUCGACAAAUUGUUAUAAGGAAAUGUAUGGGGAUCAGUGUGGAAAUUUUGUAUGUGGAUAUUGGAGUUCCAUUAGUCAGACUUCCUUUGAAUAACCGAUCCUGUAAUUUCAACCGUAAACCUCUACCUAAACUGAAAAUAGAGUUACCUUAGUAUAUCUAAGUAAAUUUAUAGUUCUAUGAAGUUGUCACUUUGGUAAAACUGAACAAGAAAAUCCAAUAUUUCUCCCUGUUUAUCUACAGCGAACACCGCGAAGUCGCCCGCCAAAUACAAGAAUCAGAAGACCCAAGAAUACAAGAAGACCUCAGACGAGAACUGGAAAAUCUAGAAGCUCGCAUGGAGGCGAAAGGAGAACAAAUAGCCAUGGUUAGACGGCAACAACAGAAAGCUAAAAAGCGACACAAACAGCAAAAGGCGAGAUCAGCGGCAAGACCCAAAAGUGCAAGCGCUGUGCUCCCGGCUAGCGGCGGUGAAGUGGAAGUGAUAACGACCGUUAAAACGAAAGCAGCAAAAAACGCUCCACCGGGAGGGGGAGCCAAAAAGACACUAGCUGUUUAUAAAGGAAUGAAGACACUUCAAAACUCUUUAGAGAAAAAUCCUUAUCAUUGGGAGUAGUUCUGGGUAAUAGGGAGGGAGCGAUGAGUUUGCACAUGAGAAUUGGGUGUGGGGAUUUUAAAGUAGGAUUAAACAAAGCAAACGUCAGAUAUACUUGGAAAUGGCCAGUUCUUGGACAACGUGACACUUGUUACAUUUCCGUCGUAUCAAGAUAGCAACGCAGUUUUAUCUACCCUUUUUCCUGUAUGUGUCAAACCGAAACCAUCUAAUAGUAUUCAGCUUUUUCGAGAAAGGUUGUCAGAAAAAGUGCACGCGACAAUCCUGAAAGGUAUUGUGGGUGGUUUUUAGUUCACUGUUCUUCAAAAAAAUAUGAAAGAAUGGCAUGAGAGGCCAUUGAGGUAUGUUUGUGAGCUGCUAAAUGAAAGCAACAAAAGUAAAUUCGACAGCUGCAGUCGUUAGGAAAAGUGUAUAGAUCAUAUCCCAUAUUGCCUUUCGGGACUGUCGCGUGGACAUUUUUUGCGACAACCUUUCUCGAAAUGGCUGUAUUUGACUUCGCCUUUAUUGAGUAGUGUUUUCAAUUUCUGACUAGUGGCAUGUUUUAUUGGCUGUUUAUUUAUUGUAUGGUUCCUUGUACAAAUACACAAAUGUCAUGUAAAUCCAGAGAAAGUGAAAAUUUGUCAAAUCAAAAUGAAUAAAUUAUAUAUAUCUAUACCCAGC